CCCAGUAAACAACAACAACACAGACGGGGUAUAGGUUUCUUGAUGCUACACCUCUGAUGUGGAGGAACUGGUUUCCAUAUCAGAUGCUAUCUCCAGUUACGUCUCCGGAGGCUCAAAACACCUGCUAGUGACUUUUGACACGAAGCGCCGUUAUAGUGUUUUUUUUAACUGUUAAAGCUAACUUAGAAAAUUAUGCCCGGGACAUUAGGGAGAGGUGACCUGCCGCCGACAAAAACAAUAAUUGUCUACAGGAACGGGGACGCUUUCUUUCCAGGAAGAAAAAUAGUUGUGAACCCGCGUCAGGUGGUGACUUUUGACAAUUUCAUGACCUCUUUAACCAGGGGAAUUGAAGCUCCGUUUGGCGCCGUGAGGAAGCUGUACACUCCCAGGCAGGGCCACAGAGUUCAGCAUUUGGACGACUUGACGCACGGCGGUGUGUAUGUAGCAGCGGGAAAUGAGCAGUUCAAAAAGCUGGACUAUUGCGAGAUAACAGCCAAGAAACCACAAAACAAGAAGAAAGAACAGAUCCGUCCUGUUGUUCAUAGCAGAAUUGUGGUUUCAGCUCGCUGGAGGAGAACUACAGAUGAGUCUUGCACGAUAAAUGUCUUUACCAACGGAGAAGUCCUGGUUCCUCCGGCUCGAAUACGGAUUCCAAAGUAUACUCUCAGAAGCUGGGAGAAUGUUUUAGCCAUGGUGACCGAGAAAGUUUGUCUUCGUACUGGUGCUGUGCAAAGGCUUUGCACAUUUAAUGGACAUGCUCUUUGUGGUCCCACUGAGCUAGAGAACAACCAGCACUAUGUCGCAGUUGGUGCAGAAAAGUUUAAAGCUCUCCCAUAUGACCAGUGGGUCCCCAGCAGGGAUUUAAGCAGGGAAAACCACAUGAUUGAAGGCCAAGACUUCCUGCCCGCUAUUAGAAAGACAAGACAUGCUAAGGCUGCGUUUGCUCACACAGGCUUUGGAGAGGACCUUGAGCACACAGCCAGGGGCCAGAUGAAGAAACACACAGCCAAGUCAGAGAGAACCAAACAACAGAGGCAGGUGUCCAGGAACCCAGUUCUCUUCCCAGCAGGCGAAUGCAGUGUGUUCAAUGCACAAAACAAAAGAAGUGAGACGGCAGGAGCAACAGAGGUGCAGGAAGACGGCCAGUUGAAGGUGGACCUGCCAAUUGAUCAGAUUGAGGCAAAGAUAGUUGAUGAGGAGUAUGAGGAUAGGGGAUGUUCUGCAAGUCCCUGCAAGGCCUCCCUCCAUGAUUCAGAUGGUUUGUGUUUGCAGAGGUCUUUGUCUGGAGGUUCCAGGAAAAAUUGUAGCCUUUCUUCAGGGCAAGCAGAGUCAGUAAAAGGCAGAGGGUGCAAUACUGGAGACACAGAAUCAAAGACACCUGAGCCCCAGGAGGCUAAAGAGAGGGAGGUGUCUUCUAGGCUCUGCAAAUUACGGUCACGGAUGUUCUGGUUUUUCAAGGUGGCUGCCGAUCUGACAGUGAAAACACCGAGGCAAAGAACAUCAUCAAUAUGGCAUUCACAGCUGCUGUUAUUUCCCCCAGGACUUGGUAUCACACAUUUGAAACAUCCUCCAGGGACAAAUUUAGACAACGGACCGAUCCAAACUGCUGGUAUGAUUACUGUCCCAGAUGUCAGCGAUGAUGGAGGCAACAACAAGGAGUGUUAUAUUAGUCCCCAAUGCCUGUAAACCAUAAUAUCUUUCCUAUUUUACAACAUAACUUUCUCUUACUCCACAAGGAGACAUUUUCACUCCGCUCCUUUGAUAUGCCCGGCUGCUUGGUAGCUGUUGUAUAAAAAAAAAAAAAAAAAAAAAAAAACAUUCCAAAUGCACCGACAGGUGUCUGAUUUCUAUUCCCAUGGCAAACACACGCCACAGCUAGAUGCAGAUUGCCUGUGGAGAUCACCGCUUGUGCAAAAUAAUAGUGUAUCUGGAAAUACUGGCCCUAGCUGAGACAUUCUACAGGCCAUCAGAUGAGAUGUGUGUUUGAGAAGAAAUGAUACAACAGUGAGGGAGUGAUUGCCAUAAUGAUAGAUCCCUAACCAGACAUUUUUCAUGUAUGGAAACUUGGAUUUGGGCCUGAAAGGAGUCUAGAAUGGGUAUGCCGACGUGUGAGACAAUUUAGAGAAAAUGUUUUUGUACUAAAUUGCCACAUCGUGGGUGCUCGGGAUGCUUUAAAGUAAUAGAGUUCACAUCUGGGUAGAAUCAGUAAAUCCAUGAAAGUUUGAAGAGUCUUGUUGACAGGCUAGGAGAAGUUUUAGUGAGUUUUUAUCUGGCUUGUCUUAAAUUAUUUUUUUAAUGAUGAGACAUUUGACAUAAUGCACUGCUGAAGCAUGAAUAAAUGGAAUACUUUUUACAUAUAUUUAA